AUGCUAGCUGCCCAAGGCGCCGAUCUUCUGGGGAUUUUAGAAGAGAUCGAAUCUUAUUGGCGGUUCGACGGCGAUAAUCUCUACCACCAGGCUAAGCUGAAGAGGAUAUUCAGAAGCAUUGGCACACCUGAGCUGUCUAUUGAGCUGUGUGAUGAAUCAAGCCACAUUGUGGAAGAGACGGCCGAUGUUUUGGCUAUGACACAGCCUUUCUUCAUGCACAAUGGUCCCCAUGAACAUCAACUUACCCCGACCGCACGACGCCUUCUUGGUGAGAAUUUGAUCAGAACUCGGUAUAGAGUCAGUCGAAAAGACUUGGCGACGCUGCUGAGCAUCCUCAAUCGUCUACAAUUGUCUAAAGACAGUUGGGGGCUAAGCUUUCCGUUCGGAAGCUUUGAGCAGGCCGAGCUUGGUGACGAUGAACUAGCCAACAUCUUGCUCAAUGGAUUAGAGGGUGAUCAGAGGCAAGAGGACUUGGAAUUUGAGCAUGUCAAUCAUAUAAUGCAUCUCCUAAUGUGGGCCGUUCUUUUCCAGCCUUCUAUGGCAGUCGAUUCUGAGGCCCGUCCCCCAGAUCCAAGUCGCAUCCCAAGCUCAAUCCUUGGAUCUAUCUCAUUAUUCAUUCCUCACCCAGUAGUCUCCACUCUUACAGAGUCUAGAAGAGAUGACAGACGCAUUGCGUUGGAAGAUCCAAUUUCACUAUCGGAUGAAGAGGAGGGCACGAUGGCAAUGCGUGUCACUGAAGCUUUGGCAGAAGAUGCUCGCCCUCAUGUACUUCUAGUCACAGGAAUUGAUACAGCAACUUCCAGGCCCACAGUCUUUGGAGCUUACUUUCCCUCAGAAUCAACGGGUAACGUGCAACUUCUCUUCCAGCUUCGACCACGAUUCCAUUUGCACAACAUCAGCAUUGCCGGCGACUCGCUAUCUCCCGAUCCUGCUGCAGGGCUUCAUGUUUCUGUCGACAACAGCAUUGCGUUCUGUAUUGGACAACCAGCAGGCGAAGGAAAUUGCAUCAUAAUCGACCCAAGUAAAAGGCUGGCCACGAUGACUUUACCAAGGCAUGCCGAGAAUUUUGGAUUUUCGAAACACCAUGAGAGCGGCUUGAAUGAUAUGAGGCGGAGCGAAAACGUUGAAGUCGUGUUCAGUGAUGUAACUAUCCAGAAAGUUUCCGGCAGCGCACCCACUGUGUUGCCCGGUCCCUCGAAACCUAGCUACACGAAGGGCCUACCAGCAAUCACUCAAGAACGCGCCGAGAUCAGAGUCCAAGGAGAAGAGUUGAGAAGUCGAAUCGUGGGGUUUGGGUCAAGUGGGUAG